UUGAAUAUAGUCUUACCUGAUUUAAGUUGCUCCCCUUUCUUUCAGAAUCUUGUCCUCAAUGUUUUGAUAAACGUUCGCCAUAUCGCAGCAGCUACUAAUUUUUCUCUCUCGCGUCGAGCACGUGACUGGCACGUGGUGCGAGCAUGUGUGCACCGUUUCACGCUGAGCUGCACGUAUCGCUGCUUGGAAGCGAACUUGUACGACCAAUAAGCCUAUGUAUCACGCGGAACGCUUGACCCACUGGUUGGUGUUAACGUGCACGUUGGCAUGUGAAAAACAAGAAACGCGUGCACUCGUCAGUUUCAUGCAUUUUCUGCGAAUUUCCCUUGCAGCUACCUUGAUUCCUUAGGUGAUGGGUUAGAAUGUCAGUCACUUCGUUACCGUUUCUUGACUAGUAGUUUCAGUCGUAAGAAACAUUAUAUUUCUCUCUUCUCGAUAUUCCUAAAAGAAUACCACAUAUUUUUUCACGAUCGCCUUGAGAAUAUGUCGACUGGCAUUUCUGAUGUACAACCGCAACAAGUUCUGCGAAUAAUAUUGGCGCGUGGCCAAAAGUAAUAAAACGAUCGAGCAUUUAGCCAGCUGGACAAUAUCUUCUCGAAGUUUGCCACAGAAGAGCGACGCGGGAUGUCUGAGUCCCUUCAGAGCUCAACUAUUGUAGAGAAGCCAUCUAUUCUGGACCGCAGCAUCGCCACCUUGUUUCCGAAAUCGCGGUCGGAAAAUGAUUUUUCUUCGGUGAAGCUACACGAACUUGAUGAUCUGUUGCAUGGAAAACGAAUGAAAUUGUCGAAGACGUCGUUUCGAUUAGAUGAUGUUGAAGACUUUCUGAAAAAUAAGGAGAAUGAAUCGGACGAGGAGAAGGUGAAUUAUUUUCCGAAUUGUGACGCGUCCGUGUGGAUGAGAUCCUGCAAGGAGGAAGUAAUUGAACCCAUAAUUGGCGAAGUGACAGGGAGGAUACCAAGUUGGCUCAGAGGAACGUUGCUGAGGAACGGGCCGGGUAGCUUGCAAGUGGGGAAAUAUAGUUUUAAUCACCUGUUUGAUAGUUCAGCUUUAUUACAUCGAUUCGCGAUUGAUAAUGGGAAAGUGACCUAUCAAUGCAGAUUCGUUCAAACGGACGUAUACAAAAAAAACAAUGCGGCUCAAAGGAUAGUGGUCACUGAAUUUGGCACAAAAGCAGUACCAGAUCCUUGCAAAAAAAUUAAUAAACUUCUUUUUAGAGUUGCAGCAGUAUUCAAACCUAAAGAUGAUUCGGACAAUUCUAUGAUAUCUGUAUACCCUUUUGGCGAUGAAUAUUACACAUUCGCGGAAACGGCGGUGAUUCAUCGUAUCGAUUCAAAAACUUUGGAAACUACAGGCAAGGUGAACGUGUCAGAUUACGUUGGUAUCGUAAACCACACGUCUCACCCUCAUAUAAUGAACGAUGGCACCAUUUAUAAUUUAGGACUGAGCGUAACACCAAGAGGACCUCUGUAUAACAUCGUGUGCUUUUCGCCUAAUCAAUUGAUUAUUGAUGAUUCAGGAGAAGAAAAAGAAUUGUCUAUGUUCGACCAAGCCACCAUCAUCGCCAGUAUUCCGUCUCGAUGGUUGUUGAAUCCUUCUUACAUGCACACAUUUGGUAUCACUGAAAACUAUUUCAUCAUCGUGGAACAACCAUUAUCAGUGUCCCUAACUACCGUCGUAUCCUGUAAGAUGAAACAACAACCAAUGUGUGCAGCUUUAAAAUGGUACGAGAACGAAAACACUCUUAUUCACGUGAUUUCAAGAGAGACAGGACUACUGGAGAGAACGUUUAUUUCGGAGGCAUUCUUUUAUCUUCAUAUCAUCAAUCAAUUCGAAACACGUGAUCGCGAUUACGUGGUACUGGACAUUUGCUGCUAUCGCGAUGCCAAAAUGUUAGAUUGCCUAUUUGUCGACGCGAUGAAGAACUUACACAAGAAUCCUGACUAUGCCAAAAUGUUUCGAGGCAGACCUUUACGGUUCGUACUACCAAUGAAACGUCCACAAUCAGACGUACCAUUGGAAUAUAAUUUAAUUACCACAAAAACGGUUAACCAAGGCCUGGAAUCUUUUCAAGAUGUCAAACGUCAUAGUAAAUCUGGUUCAGAAUUUGUUGAAACGUCGAUGAAUGACGGCAAGGCUGACAAAGGCAAGAAGAACGAUUACAAAAAUAUUCUUCAGCGAAAAGCAACCGCUCAUAAACUCGCUAACGGUGAUAUUUUUGUGAAACCCGAACUUCUUUGCGAUUUGGGCUGUGAAACACCACGUCUUAAUUACGAGUUCUGCCUUGGAAGAGAGUAUCGUUACUUUUACGCUAUUUCUAGCGACGUGGACUUGGACAAUCCCGGAACGAUUAUCAAGGUGGAUAUCUUGGAAAAAACAAGGAGAACUUGGUGCGAGAAAAACGUUUAUCCAAGUGAACCGAUUUUCGUGCCAGAUCCUGAUGGAAAGAACGAAGACGAUGGUGUGGUUCUUAGUUCUAUCGUGUGGUCUGACAAAGAAACACGCGUUGGAUUGCUGAUUCUAGACGGCGUGACUCUCAUGGAAAUCGCAAGAGCCAUCUUCGACACUCCUGGCCCUGUGCCAAAAUGCUUACACGGCUGGUUUACCUUGGACAAGUAAAAUAAACUGGAACUUCUAAGAGACGAUCUUCUGGCUGAUCGAUAGAAAUUAAAUCUCGACUUGGAUAUCAUGUGAUAUAUAAUGUGGAUUUUUAUGCAAUUUUAUAUUUUUAUGAAGAGAAUUCAAAAAAAUUUGAGCUUAUAUAGAAAAUUAUUUCAUACAGCCUCUGGUUAUUGAUUUAGAAUCUUCAACAUUUUACACGUUUUCAGUAAAAUUGAAAGGUUUGAACGAAAUCUAAUUACAAAUUUUAUAUUAACUAUUAAAGUAUUAGUAAA